ACGGAAGCAUCAAAAAGCAGCUGCUGCAAUUCCCAUUGUGUUUUCUUUCUUUCCUGCUCCUUCCUAUUUAUUCUCCUUCUUCACCCCCUUCCUUUGUCUCCUCUCUUUUCUCUUUUCACCCUUAAAGCUCUUUCAUCUUUCUGGAUGAUUUGCAGCAUCUGCGCAGGCUUUGAACAUGCCUAUGAUAUUUUCAGAACACAUGGAGCAAUACGAUCUCGAAAUCGUGUUUCCUCGAAAUGCGAACUUUGUGGUACCGUAUCAACGGACAGAGGUCGACAUCGUCGUCAUCCAUGGUCUCAACAUUGAGGCCAAUUAUUAUGUGCACAGAGACACCUGGUCCUACUGUGGCAAGAUGUGGCCCAGGGAUAUCCUUCCCAGCUGCUUUGAAAAGCGUUGUCGCGUCAUGCUCUUCUCCUACAAUGACGGCCUCUCCGUGAAUGACGAAGACACUCGAUUCAUCAAGCAUUGUGAUCGGCUUCUUCGACUUCUCAUGGAGAACCGACUUGACGACCCUACUCGACCAAUCGUCUUCAUCUGCCACGACAUUGGUGGGAUUAUCGUCAAAGAGGCAUUGGCCAAGGCCCAUUUGGACAAGACCGGCACCAUUCAUAUCAUCGAUCAGUGCACUCGCAUGCUAGUCUUUUUCAACACUCCUCACCACAACGUUGCCAAGUCUGUGAGAAACAUUGCCAACGCUGCCGUUCGUCCCACGCCUCCUGAAGUCCUUGACAUGCUGGACAAGGCAUGCAACGAGCACGUUGAACGCAUCGCACCUCUGGAGAACAGAGGCCGUCUCUACCGUCGACGCGUGAUUAUCAACUUCCAUGGCACUAACUGGUACCGUGGCAAGCAGCUCCUUGUUGAAAAGGAAGACACCAUGAUAAAUGCCAGACCCGAAUAUUGGGAGAAGCAUUUCAACAUCUACGGCGAUCACACGUCCAUGUGCAGGUAUCCAUCCAGCGAGGACAUCACCUGCGAGACUGUUCUCAAGACGAUUGGCCUCAACACCUAUCUUGCCUUGCGUAUGUUCCCUACUCUCGAAAUUAUCCACAGGGCGAAGUUUCGCCUUUGAAGGAUACACUCUCCACUCCCAAAUACCAAAAGGAGCACCCACUAAGUUACCCAGAAAUGGAUUGCUAGACGCGAAACAUUUGCGAAAGCGAGCCCCCCGG